CUCCUCAUCAGUUACACAACAAAUGCCUUUCCCGGCGAAUAUAUACCGACCGUCUUCGACAAUUACUCGGCCAACGUGAUGGUCGAUGCGAAACCAAUUAAYUUGGGUCUCUGGGAUACGGCCGGUCAAGAGGACUACGAUCGUUUGCGGCCACUYUCCUAUCCACAGACAGAUGUCUUCCUCAUCUGUUUUUCGCUGGUGAAUCCAGCCUCUUUCGAGAAUGUGCGCGCCAAAUGGUAUCCCGAAGUGCGUCAUCACUGCCCUAAUGUACCGAUCAUAUUGGUCGGCACGAAGCUGGAUUUGCGCGACGACAAGGCGACCAUCGAGAAAUUGAAGGAGAAGAAACUGACGCCCAUYACAUAUCCGCAGGGCUUGGCUAUGGCCAAGGAGAUCGUUGCUGUUAAGUAUCUGGAAUGUUCGGCGUUGACACAGAAGGGCUUGAAGACGGUCUUCGAUGAGGCCAUACGUUCGGUGCUGUGUCCGGUGACGCGGAUCAGACGUACGCGCAAGUGUGCGCUGUUGUAAGUGCUGCGAAGGUGUUGCCAACUUUUCAAGUGUAAGAUGUUUUGACGAAUUAGACAAAAUCGCUUCGGUUUUUUGUUUAUUUAUUAUUUUUUGAAAAUCUAAAGACAAAUUUUGCAUGCCAUGAGUGUGUUUUUAUCAUUUUGAAAGCAAUGCUGUUUACUUUUAGCACAUACUGUUGUGUCUACUAUACUUAAGAAGUAUGUUAUUUGUCUUAUAAAAGCAGAAAGAAAAAAACAAAGAAAAAACAGAAAGCAUAAAAAAUAAAAACUUAUUUAAGAAAAUGAAAA